AUGUUCAACAAUAGCUACCUUAAACAUCUGGCCAAAAUUAAGACUCAGGAGAUUGAGCUGGGUACCCUUGAUCUUGCAAUGUUUGGAACCGUAAUGGGUGAUAUUUACCUGUACAAGAACGAGCGCAGCGAUCCGGGUUUUAUGCCAUUUGACGCAGUUGCACACAGCUUUUGCAUGCUUGUUGCCAAUUACUACCCAAUCCUCGUUGGCCGCCCCACAGUCGAUAGUGUUGGCAAGGGUAUUAUGACCGUUGACCCAUCAAACCUCUGCUUGCCUGACAUUGCUGAGGUGUUUAUCGACCAUCGGGCCGAAUCCUUUUUUGAGGCGCGUCCAAAUGACUCCAAGGACAAGCCAGACACAUUAUUUUUUAAUGUGCACAAGUUUUACCGUGGCAGCGGCGUUGUCCAUCUUCCUCAGGCGACUUACCACAGGGACCACUCGGCGGCAUUUGUAAGAGUCCUGCGAUUCAAGAACAACACCUAUGUUGGCAUUUCAUUGUCUGUUUCUCACGGUCUUUUUGACGGCACCAGCUACUUGGCAUUCAUCAAUCAUUGGGCUGAGUACGCGCGCAACCUCGAUGACGCCAAAAACGGCACUUAUAAGUUGGCCAAGCCUCCCAAUGGUGACCGCCAAAUGAUGAUCAACUGCCUUGAUAAGGUCGAGCCACUAAAGCCCCCAUUCAUUGAGCACUUUAGAAACAUCGUGUCGCCUUUGCCAAUGCAAUUUUCAACUAACAUUGCAUCUGUGCUCAUGUCCUUACCUGAUAUCCAGCCGAUUAAAGACCAACACGUUCUUCAUUUCACUCCGGCCAACUUGGAGUGCAUGCGUCAUUAUAUUGAUAAGGAGCAGACCAUUAACGCCACACUCCUUGCUCUGUUAGCAAAAAACAUGUUGCAGGCUAAUAUCAAGGCAUUUGGAGAAGAGCAACAAAUAUCGUAUGUGGCCAUGGCUUAUGACGGACGCACCCGCUCUAAAAUUCCAAGAAACUUUUCUGGCAAUGCAUCUUGCCCAGCCAUCGCACCACUAUCACCGCAGAUGGUUCUCAACAGUUCAUACAAGGAUUUGAGCCGGAUCAUUGCAAGAUACGGCUCCAAGACAGAGAGUGGACAUAUGAAGUCUACCAUCCUGAUGAUUGAAAACGAGCUCAAUGUGCUGCACCAGAUUGGACUUUCGCUGUGCAACACGCCGGAAUCAUCGUACAUAGGUAUGACCAAUUUGCGUUACAUGCCAUAUUACUCGGUUGACUUUGGAUUCGGCGGUCCAAUAUUCCUCGGAUUGGAUUAUUUCCAAACAGACGGCAUGUCUCGCCUGCUGCUGAACAAGCAGGAUGGUGGAUUGGACCUAUAUCUUAACUAUAACGAUGCGCACUUUGAGGUAUUCCACCAGCUCGACGACAUAAAGAUGUUUGCAGACAUAAUUUACUAG